AUGUCGACGUCCUCCCUUAUUGCUAGAAAGAGAUCUGUACAAGUUUUGCAGAGCAUCGUGAAAAAAAGUAUUUGUGAUAGCAAGGAAAUGAAGGAAAAUGGAUUUCGUAUUCUUGAGUGUGACACAACGGUUUUCUGUGGGGCGGAUAACGACAGUGAUGAAUAA